AUUUCCUUUUAAAUUAUGGGAACAAACUAAUAACGGUAACGUAAUAAUUGUAAAGCAAGUAUGUUUCUAUCGUUAGCUGGAAAUCGAGGGACAUAUUACAUCCUACAAUUUAAAUAUACAAACAGUAAAAUAAUCAUUCAUACAAAAGUCAUCAAAGGACUUUUAUGAAAUUAUUCUGCAGUAAUACUCUUAUAAACCAGAAUUUGCAACUUUUGCUUCAACAAUUACUUUUAAGGUAAAACGGUUGAUAAACGUCUUUUGAGAACACAGUUGCAGACUACACGCUGAAAUUUUUCUGGUUACCAUCAUGGAUGACGUUAAUAAUAAAAUUAUAAUAUGUAGAUCAACAAGAAAAUACUUGAGAUAUAUUUUACUAUGGCCUUAUCCUCACGAAGAGCUCAAGUCAGGAAAUUAUUAUACCAUCCAGAUUGGGGUUUACAUUUUUGUAACUUCUAUUACAUCUUUAUCUAUACUAAUACAUUUAAUAAUCACAACUGCAAAAAAUUUAGAAGUUCCGGUGAUGGAAGACGUCACUGUUUUGGCAUCGAUUACAGGAAUAUACUAUAUGACAUUUAUUUACGUAAAAAAUCAACCAAAAUUAGCAAAUCUUUUAAGAGAAAUGUCAAAUUUCCAAAAUUUUGGAAAACCAACUAAUUUCGAUCAGAAGGAACGAAAUUUGAGUUUACUCUCUAAAGCUGUUUUUGUUUAUCUCGCAAUUUGCGUGACACAGUACAAUGCACUGAAAUUUAAUAAAAAAGAAGAGUGUGAGGAGAGAAAUAAAAACCAAGGCCUUAGAGAAAAUUGUGGAUUUAUUACACAACUUUGGACUCCUUUCAGUACACAGAAUUUUGUUGUUUACUAUUCGUUGUAUGCAUACGUAUUUCUCUCCAUGCAGUUGUUAAUGAAACCAAACAUGUUACUAACUUAUCAUGCUUUUGAAAUUACAGAACAUUUGAUUUUAAGGAUUGAACAUUUAAACCAGAUGUUUUAUGAAUGUUUUGACAAUGUAGAUUAUAAUUGUUGUCGCUCUAGACUAUCUAAAUGUAUUUUGUAUCACAUACAUAUACUGAAUUUAGCUAAAUCACUAGAUGAAUGCUUCUCGAAUGGAAUGUUGACUCAUAUCACUAUUACAGCAAUAAUUUGCGCUUGCAUAGGAAAACAGUUUACAGAAGGGGAUCAUCUAUGUGCUGUGAUACAUUUUUCCGGCUGGAUUUUUACUCUAGCAUUUGCUUGUUUUUCGGGGCAACAGCUAAUUAAUGCCAGUGAAUCUAUUCCUUCAGCUAUAUGGUUUUCAAAAUGGUAUGAAGUGGAUAUCAAACUGCAACGCGAAGUGUUGUUCGUACUGGCAAGAUCUCAAAAGACUUUCUAUCUCACUGCUGGCCCUUUUAAUGUUCUUUGUUUUCCUCUGCUUGUUUCGGUGGUUAAAAUGUCGUAUUCAAUGCUUUGUUUAUUAACAAAAUAAAAUAGCGAGUUGCAAUUCGUCAGGUUGGAUAUACACUGCUGUUGAGGAGUCACUUAGUU